UUCAAUGUCCGGAGAGUUCGUGUUGUGUACUUGUGUUCAAUCAAUGCGCUAGUGGCUUGCACCUUGAAAGUUAAGGGUGCACAACCGAAUCCCGAGACUGUACGGUACCCGGGCAUUGACCGUUUAGAAAGAGGGUAUGCUAAGGUCUUUGACCAAGUGCCUGCUGACGAACCCUGUCAGUGUCUGUCGAAGAACCAUGUCACACAGCAGCUUAGCAGGAAAAACAGCCAUAGUAACUGCAUCCACAGAUGGAAUCGGUCUGGCUGCAGCAGAGGCCUUGGGUCAAAGGGGAGUGCAUGUCGUUGUGAGCAGCCGUCGCCAGGAAAACGUGGACAAGGCAGUGUCCUUACUGCGCAGCAAGAACAUCCAGGUCACUGGCACCACAUGCAAUGCUGGCAAGAGCGAGGAGAGAGAGAAGCUGGUGCAACUGACAGUGGAGCAAUGUGGGGGUGUGGACAUCUUGGUCAAUAACGCAGCCGUCAAUCCAUUUUUUGGAAAUAUCAUGGACUCAACAGAUGCUGUCUGGGAUAAGAUCCUGGAUAUAAAUGUGAAAGCUGCUUUCCUGAUGACCAAACUAGUGGCACCCCACAUGGAGAAAAGAGGGGGAGGAUCUGUUGUGUUUGUGUCAUCAGUCGCCGGGUACCAGCCAAUGCAGGGUUUGGGCCCAUACAGUGUGAGUAAGACGGCCUUGCUGGGUUUAACACGGGCUUUGGCACCUGAACUGGCACACAGCAACAUCCGGGUCAACUGUGUGGCACCAGGCAUCAUUAAGACACGCUUUAGUUCUGCGCUGUGGCAGAGUGAAGACCUCGUGGAUGAAUUCAAAAAGCAACUGGCCAUUAAAAGACUAGGGGAGCCAAAAGACAUUGGUGGAGUCAUCGCCUUCCUCUGUUCCGAUGACGCUGCCUAUAUCACUGGGGAAACCAUAACAGUCACUGGAGGAAUGGGCUGUAGACUCUAAAAGUGUGUGUGUGUGUGUGUGUGCAUGUGUGAUGAAAAACAGCGCAAAUUAUUUCUGAUCAGAUUAAUCUAGUACAGUCCCCAAGUGUAGCUUUGUGUUACCAAGGGGGUGGUCUACAGAUUUGGGAUACUGCAUACUGCCUUAUUAGUGGUGACCACUCCACCAGGUGGACGUGGAGCCACUGGAGACAAGAUUACGAUGGCUAUCUAGAGCAUUUCAGGGAAAUGUUUUUCCACACACUGGGUCUAUGUGGUUGAUCACUUUUCACUCGAAUUGAUUUUUGAAUUCAAAACAUUUCUGAAAGUUAACAAAUCAACCUGAGUAUGAUUCUGCCUGUGAUAUUAUCAAUAAUCGUACUGUUUGUAACAGUCUGUUCAAAAAACAAAUCUGUCCUCUGCACAGAAAAUGACAAACUAAUAAACUGCUCCACUUGUUUUGUUGACUUGAAAUAA